AUGGGAGUUAUAGGGCUUGAUGCCUGCUAUCUAACAGGAGAGUUUGGAGGAGUAUUGAUGGCAGCAACUGCACUUGAUGCACAAAAUGGGUUAGUAAUGUUAGGAAUUAUAAUAUGCAGAGUUGAAACAAAGGAGAAUUGGAUCGCUUUUUUGAAGCAUUUGAAGGAUGCCAUAUUAGCACAUCCACUGAAAGUGGCUUUCAUUUCAGAUAGGCAGAAAGGGUUAUUGGAAGAUGUUACUAUAGUCUUCUGUGGCCAUCACCACAAAUACGGUUGGAGCCAUUUAUACAAAAAUUUCAAGAAGUAUUACAAGGGUCUUGAAUUACAUGGUUUUUUGUGGAAUGCAGCAAAAGCAUACAAAGAAAUGCAUUUUCAGGAACAUUUUGACAAUAUUAUGAAAGAGAAUGUUGCAGCCGGUGCUUAUCUUAGGAGAGAAAAUCCUGCUACAUGGAGGACUGAAUCUGCAUCAUGGGUAGUUGGAAAUUUGGUUCCUAGUGUUGUUACGUUGAUUAAGAAAAUGUUUUUGUUUGUGACUGAUUAUGGUGUUGACCCUUGUGUGGAUGAAGAGUUAUAUAUGGUGACUAGUCCAAAGAACUAUGUGUUCACAGUGAACAUCCUUGCCAAAACUUUCUCUUGUUUGCAAUGGCAGUUGAGGGGGUUCUCUUGUAUGGAUACAGUGAGUGCAUUUCAUACCAUAAGACCACAAUGGAUAAAGUACUGCAGUGAUUACUAUUCAGUAGAGAACUAUAAGGCCACAUAUGCACCAACUUUUGAACCACUAGAUGAUAAAAGUGAAUGGGUAAAGUAUCCCUUUGCAGCACCAUCUUCUACUCCAUCUUCUACAACACCUAUGAGUCUGCCAUCUAUAACACCAUCUUCUACUCCAGCUUCUACAGGACCUAACCUUUCUCAGAACUUUUUGGCAUUGGAUUUGUAUCUCAGAAUAUAA